AUGGCUUCCAGAAAAAGGAUUUGGGAGAGUUUCGCCGAGGGAACCUAUAAGCCCUCUCAAAAUGAUGCGGAUCUGCCAACUAUGAUACAUCGCACCUCACGACGUAGCACAGUGUCGACGCCAACAUCUACGGUCGUUGCUAUUAAGAAGAGAGAUAUCAACGAAUCGCCUCAUGAUUUUGGUGAAACCAUUGCAACUCUCAAGUCACCAUCAGAAUCUGUCGCAAUCCGGGCUUUACAAGAGACGGCAGAUGAGCAAGCAUGGAUGAUCCAAGCCAUGAGAUCAAGAAUCGAUGCCAACGCUUUAUGGAUGCAAAGAUCGAAUCGAAAAAUUUCGAGACGCGACAAAAGAGUGGCCAAACUGAGGAAGCGAUUGGAGCGCGCGAACAUUGCACUUUUGCGGGCAGAUUGGUCGAAGUCCGAAGCAAUCGCAGAGGUGGGAACCAAGCACAACGAGAGGGUGAAAGUCUUGAGGAACAAACGUCCAGCUUCAGCAGAUGGGCCAUGUACAAAGUGUGGGGAGAAUUGUAUUUGGUUGGUGAAGGAGAAUCAACAAUUGAGGAAUCGGUUACAUGAGGUUGAUGGAUUAUGCAUAAGACUCAGAACUGAGUGUAGCAAGCUUGAGAGUAAAAUCAGGGGGCUCGAAAGUAAAGUGGAUGAAAUCAGAGGGUGA